AUGGGUCUGCUGCAGAAUAUGCAAAAUCAGAAUAUGAAUUUGGUUUUGUCAACUGAUGCAAAGCCCAGGCUAAAAUGGACUCCAGAACUUCAUCAAAGAUUUGUUGAAGCAGUCAAUCAGCUUGGAGGGGCAGACAAGGCCACACCAAAGAGUUUGAUGAGGGUGAUGGGAAUUCAUGGACUCACUCUGUACCACCUAAAGAGCCACUUACAGAAAUACAGGCUAGGGAAAAGCCAACAGUCAGAAAACUGCACUGACAUUAAGCAAGAAGAUUACAAAGAGAUUCAGAGCAGUGAUGAUCAUUUCGACACAGAUAUCAGUGAUGAAACUCACUGUCAGAUUAAUGAAAGCUUGCAGAUAGCUGAGUCUCUCCAAUUACAAAUGGAAGUGCAGAGGAAACUUCAUGAACAAAUUGAGGUGCAGAGACAUCUUCAGCUAAGAAUUGAAGCUCAAGGGAAGUAUUUACAAACAGUAUUAAAGAAAGCACAAGAAACUCUUUCUGGGUAUAGUUCUUCUUCAGUGGGAGUAGAACUUGCAAAGGCUGAACUCACUCAGUUAGUCUCAAUGGUUAACAAUGGAUGUCCCAGUUCUUCAUUCUCAGAAUUAACUGAAACAGGAACUUCAAGCCUAAAAUACAUAGAGAGGAAACAAAUGAGAGGCUCCAUGGAAAGUUCCUUGACAUCUUCUGAAAGUUCAGGAAGGAAGGAAGAGAAGCAACCAAUGCAUAAGCAUGGUGGUGAUCCUGAAAAGUCUAAUACAACCUGUGUGGAGCUACCAUUGAUGGACAUCCACCCAGAAAAUAAGCCAUGGAAUAAUGUUACAAACAAUCAUGUUAUUGGGAGGAAGAGAAGCAGCAGUCCCAUUUCUGAUGGUAUCUGUGUUGAGCAACCAAUUUCUAAAAGGACACCAACACAAAGGGACAAAAGUGGCCAGCAUCUGAGAAAGUCUGGAUUAUCGGCCACAAUUGAUCUGAACAGAAAAUAUCAGAAUGACAUUGAUUCUGGUCCAAAAGUAAUAGACUUGAAUUGCAAGGGAAUUUAA